AUGUCGGAAUACUGGAAAUCAACCCCCAAGUACUGGUGCAAACACUGCUCCGUCUACGUCCGCGACACCAAGCUCGAGCGCGCCAACCACGAGUCUACGGGCAAACACCAGGGCGCCAUCAAGCGCUCCCUUCGCGACCUCCACAGAUCCGCCGAGCAAGAACAACGAGAGAAGGACAGGGCCAAGAGGGAGGUGGAAAGGCUGAAUGGAGUUGUUUCCGCGUCAGGGAGUGGGAUUGGAGGCGCCGGGGCGAAGAAACAUGGCGGCAGCACUAGCAGCGCGCCACCACCACCAGCGCCAACAGGGCAGCUAUCACAGGCUGAACGACAGAGACAACUGGAGCAGCUGGCCGAGUUGGGGGUGAAUAUCCCGACCGAACUGAGGAAGGAUAUGGCUAUGGUGGGGGAGUGGAGCGUCACUUCUACGAGGGUCGUUGACGAUGGAGAUUCUGGCAAUAAGACUGCUGAUGAUACCAAAGAUGAGGGCAGAGCGGUGGGAGUCAAGAGGGAAAGAGAAAGGACAGAAGAAGAAAAGGAACAAGAGGAGGCUCUGAAUGGGCUGUUCAAGAAACGGAAGAGGUGGGGGGUUGGAUCGAAAAGCAUGCCAGAAGAAGAGGAUAAAGAGUUGGAGGAGCUGCUGAGUGGGACGAUUGUCAAGACCAAGAAAGAGAAGGACGCCGAGGUUGAGGGCGAAGUCAAGGGGGAGGAGGGUGCGCCCGAGGCUCCAGUCGUUAAGAAGGAGGAAAGCCAGGACGGGCCUGCUCUGGAAGCCAUCCAAGAUGUCCAAGAUGAGGCGCCUCCAGCCAUGGUCAAACAGGAGUUCGGCAACGAAGAGCCGGCUGUUGCAGCGGUUGUUUUCAAAAAGCGCAAGCCUAGAAACAUACGGCAAAACGUGACAGCUUCGGUUCAAAAGGCAACGGCCCCUCUACAGGUACACGACCUUAGACAUGGCACCUUCUCCUCCUCCUUUUUCGAGACUGCGACGAUGAGGGUCUUCCGCGAGGGCCGUCCCAACCCGAUGCUUGCCGAGUAUCUCGAGCUUAGAAAGCAGGAAUACACAACAUUGUACGAUCGAUGGUGCAACGGUGCCCAACCUUACGACUUGCCUCCCCCGCAUUGGCCUCCGGCAAAGUCCAUGCUCAACCGCCUCCCCCACGAACUGCACCUCCUCAUAUUCUGCUAUCUGUACCAGGCCGACCUCUUCCACCUCGCCCUCACUUGCCGCUACUUGGCCGACCUUGCCAUUCCCGCCUUGUACUCCCGUGACGUUGCCGAGUUCGACUGCCUCUCCCUCCGAUGGGCCUGCACCUUCAGCUUCCUAGAAACCCUCGACCGGGCCCUUUCCCAUGGCGCGUCGGUCAACCACCGAUUUGACCACGGCACCGCGGUAGACUGUACCUGGGUCAUCCGCGAUCCCGAUUUUCACGAAUGCAUGUUCAACACCCCACUAAAGCUCGCCAUAUGCAUAGACGACGCCUUGCUGGUGCGAUCACUUUGCCAGAGAGGCGCCGACGUCAACUCUCCUGACAGCUAUUCGGUCAACUGCUACGCCUACCGACUGAAAGCUUCAUAUCCUCUCCACCGCACCAUGGAUGACACACCUAGCCUCCAGCGCGGAAACCCGCGUAUUGUUCAGGCCCUUUUGGAGGCCGGCGCCGACCCCAAUCUGUACACUGGCUGGUCCUGGCGCUUGUAUGGCCGGUACCCGUACAACCCACGGCACGAGCUACCUUUGGGACUUGCAAUGCAGUCGUCCGUACCGGCAGAAACAGUCCAACUCCUCCUGCAACACGGGGCUGAUCCGCUGCUCAAAGGACAGUACGGUACGUGCCAGAGGAUUUUCCACUUGAACUCGCGCCCUGAUGUAUCCGCCCCGGUGAUCACGACCAACAUAACAAGGGAUGCAUAUCCGAGCGGGCUGCAUGGUGAACUUACUCCCCUGAUGGCAUAUCUAGCGUCCAGUGGCGGGGACACUUGGUCUUCUGACGAAGAAAAGGUGCGGUUGCUGUUGCAGUAUGGGGCUGGUCGUGAUGCUCAACGUAUAGUUGCUAUGCUCGCGAGCGAUCAAAAGUGCCCAUGGUAUAACAUGGACAGAACCCCCGAGGUCUUCCGGAUAUUCGCCCUAAGCUUGUCCCAGCCGCCUGGCUUAGAUAUGGUGAGUUUCGCCCAACGCGAGACUUCUCCUUUUCUGGCUGUUACUCAGUUGACCGACCGCUGGAUAACACACUGCUCCACUGUCUACGGGCUUGGUCACACGGCUGCAGACUUCCUUCAAAUCACCUCUGGCCUGCUAAGACGCAUGGGCGAAGCAUGCGAGACGGACGGCGAGACUCUGUUCGGCAGACCCUCCGCCGCCGUUGACACCCGAGACUUAUCCAACAACUACAAUUCGACCUGGUGGACCAGUGAUUUGACCGCGCUCCGCUGGGUCUGUCUGCCGUUUGGCUUCCUUGGUUCUUCCACCCUCGUCACUUCUCUGCUUGCAAUGGGAGCAGACAUGGACAGAAGAGACUCGGAAGGCAUGACACCACUUCACUUCGCGUCCAUGUUUGCCUCGGGGGACAGAGUCCGUCCUUUGGUGGAGUUUCUCGGCGGUCCAGAGGUUUCUGGCCUGGCAAUCGACGCCCGUGACGUGGUAGGUUGGACCCCGCUUCACUUUGCCUGUUUCUUUGGUCUGUCCACCCAGCUCGACGAGCAAGUCAGGGCAGCACGCCUUCUUCUCGACAACGGUGCGGAUAUCCACGCCCAGACCAUCGGUGGCUGGGCACCUAUUGCACUAGCUGUCAAGAAUGCAAAUCUCGGGCUGGUAAGGCUUCUGCUAGAACGAGGCGCUCGCCGGAGGGACAUGUUUGGACCUCCUGGAUACGAAUCUCUACGGGCCAAGAUGUUCUUUUGCAGAUGUCUCGGGCUUUCUUCGUCCGGCAGUUCACAUUGGCGCGCUUCCCGCCUGAAUCCGCGACGGGGUAGCAGCCUGACGAGACGAGUCAACGAGUUGAGGCGCUUUGCUGCUGCGGCCGAUGGUGGUGAUGAAGAGUAUUGUACGCCCCAGGUUCCACUGCUUUUGACCCUGCCACGACAUGCACCAUCGAACAGCGCGUACAUUGCCAACCUUAGGGCUGCCAAUAUAUUCUAUGAACAUGAGACGCUCUCGUUGCUCAACCCCUUUAGUAGGAACUCGCCAGCUUUGAAUGGUUGGGCGGAACUCAUCAGGACCAACGUCGAUGAAUAUGCGGAUCAGGUGCUGCGCAACCUUGCACGCAACAACACGACGAGUGCGAUAAGGGCGCAGUUUUUCUCCAGGGACGGCAUGUACUAUGAUCGAGCACCGAAGCUGGCUGUCCAGUGUGUAGGUAGGUGCUACAUUCGGGAUGGUGAUGACGAUGAGGAUUGA